AUGGGAAACUCCAUCAGCUACAUGUGUGAUCUGAAAAAAACCCUCGAUGCGGGUGGCCAUUGUGUCUUGGAGAUGCCGUCAGGAACCGGCAAGACGGUAUCUUUGCUGUCUCUUAUUGUUGCGUACCAGCAGCAUAUGCCGGAGAAGCGAAAACUCAUCUACUGCUCUCGAACAAUGUCGGAGAUCGAAAAGGCUUUAGUCGAGCUGCAAUCUUUAAUGAAGUAUCGCGCCGAGCAAUUGGGCUACGAAGAAGAGUUUCGCGGCCUUGGUCUGACAAGUCGAAAGAACUUGUGUCUGCAUCCCUCUGUCAAAAGGGAAAAGAGUGGCUCAGUUGUUGAUGCCCGUUGCAGAAGUUUGACUGCAGGCUUUGUCAAAGAAAAGAAAGAUCGAGGCGAAAACGUGGAUGUUUGCGUCUAUCACGAUAACCUGGAUCUCCUUGAACCCCAUAACUUGAUACCCAACGGCGUAUGGUCAUUUGAUGCGCUCCUGAAGUAUGGAGAAGAGCACAAGCAGUGUCCAUAUUUUACUGCACGGCGCAUGAUGGAAUAUUGUAACGUAGUCAUUUUCUCAUAUCACUACCUCCUCGAUCCAAAGAUUGCCGAGCGUGUCACGAAAGACUUUUCCAAAGACUGCAUCGUAGUCUUUGAUGAAGCUCACAAUAUCGACAACGUCUGCAUCGAGUCGCUUAGCACCGACAUCACCGAAGACUCAAUACGCAAAGCUACCCGCAGCGCUCAACACCUGGAGCGAAGAAUUGCAGAGAUGCGAGAGACUGAUCAGGAGCAACUUCAGAAUGAAUACGAGAAACUGGUUCAGGGGCUUCGCGAAGCGGAUGAAUCAAGGCAGGAGGAUGCCUUCAUGGCCAAUCCAGCUCUGCCCGAUGAUCUUCUGAAAGAAGCCGUUCCUGGAAACAUCAGGCGAGCCGAGCAUUUUGUGGCCUUUUUGAAAAGAUUUUUGGAAUAUCUCAAGACGAGAAUGAAAGUCCGCCAAGUCAUCUCGGAAACGCCACUAUCAUUUUUGGCUCACCUGAAAGAGCAUACUUUUAUCGAGAGAAAGCCGCUGCGCUUUUGCGCUGAGAGGCUAACAUCGCUUGUCAGGACGCUUGAGCUCAUGAACAUCGAAGACUACCAAGCACUCCAAGAAGUAGCAACAUUCGCCACUCUCGUUGCGACGUACGAGAAGGGCUUUUUGCUGAUUUUAGAACCAUACGAAUCCGAUACUGCCGAAGUUCCCAACCCAACUCUCCAUUUUACCUGUCUUGACGCCGCCAUCGCCAUCCGACCCGUGUUUGAAAGGUUCUACUCGGUCAUCAUAACCUCUGGCACCAUCUCUCCCCUCGAAAUGUAUCCUAAAAUGCUGGAUUUUGCCACGGUGAUACAGGAGUCCUAUAGUAUGACUCUCGCGCGGAGAUCUUUCCUUCCGAUGAUUGUCACUCGCGGAAGCGACCAAGCGUCGGUCUCAUCUAGCUUUCAAGUUCGGAAUGAGCCCAGCGUCGUUCGAAACUACGGAAGUCUCUUGACGGAGUUUGCCAAGAUUACCCCCGACGGCUUGGUUGUCUUCUUCCCGUCGUAUCUAUACAUGGAAUCCAUCAUUAGCAUGUGGCAAGGCAUGGGCAUCCUCGACGAAGUUUGGAAGUAUAAAUUGAUAUUGGUGGAAACCCCUGACGCUCAGGAAACCUCGCUGGCCCUGGAAACCUACCGAACCGCGUGCUGCAACGGACGAGGAGCAAUCUUGCUUUGCGUCGCUCGAGGAAAGGUAUCUGAAGGCAUCGAUUUCGAUCACCAAUACGGCCGAACUGUGCUGUGUAUCGGCGUUCCGUUCCAAUACACAGAAUCAAGAAUCCUAAAGGCAAGACUAGAGUUCUUGCGCGAAACAUACCGCAUCAAAGAAAACGACUUCUUGUCCUUUGACGCCAUGCGCCACGCUGCCCAGUGUCUGGGUCGUGUCUUGCGAGGGAAAGACGACUAUGGAGUCAUGGUGCUGGCCGAUCGACGUUUCCAGAAGAAGAGAAACCAGCUCCCGAAAUGGAUCAACCAGGGCUUGUCAGAUGCCGAUACGAAUCUAAGUACUGACAUGGCUGUCAGCAGUGCCCGGCGAUUUUUAAAGACAAUGGCACAGCCGUUCCGGAGCAAAGACCAAGAGGGCAUCAGUACCUGGGGUUACGAAGACCUGAUGCAGCACCAGAGAAAGAUUGAAGAGGAGAGGGGAGAUGAGCCUCCUCCUCCCUCGGCAAAUGCUCGGGCAGCUAAUGACAACAGGACUACUACGUAUGAGUCUGAUUACGAAGAUAUAGAUCAGGAUAUGAUGGAGUUGGAAGGCUUUUAG